AUGGCGGCGGAAGACGGCGACGGCGACGACCUCGUCCCGGACGAGUUCUUCGCGCCGAAGAUCUUCCUCCUGAUGCUCAAGACCGCGGGGAAGCAGCCGACGCCCGGGAAGAACGGCGAGGCGACGUAUAAGUUCACGAACAUCGCGCACAGCCCGACAUUCCAGCGCGUGUGGGCGCAGGGCGUGAUCGUCCAUCGCGCCGAGGACGGCACCGCGUUCACGCUCGACGACUCCACGGGCCCGCCCGCGGAGGUGGUCGUCCCGUCGACGUGCGACGUCGCGUCCGGAGGAGGACUCCGCGUCGGCGCGUACGUCUCCGUCGUCGCGACGGUGUCCCCGCGGCAUUCGCGCGACGCGGCGCGCACGAGGGCGGCGCACGCGCUGACCGCGGUCAAGGUGCGAGAUCUGAGCGACGACGUCCACCGCGAGGCGCACUGGAACGUCGAGGUGCUGGAGGGCAUGAAGAUGCUCGAGCUGUCGCAUCAUCACCGCGCGGGGUGGGUCGGGCCUCCGAUCGAUAGUUAG